AUGGAUAACUUUCGCUGCGUGCUAAAUAAGCGAAAGACGGUUGACAAGUACAAAAACGACGGUCGUGCUCCCGACACCGCUCAGGUGUUGAAAAAGGCAAACUGGAAGAACCGGAAGUAUACUGUUGAAGUCAGCGAUUGUGAUACCGGAGGAGACGAUAGCAGCAGCAGUGAACAAGACGGUGAUAAAUGGCCUAUUUAUGACAAAAUUGUGCCACGUGAUAUACAAGAUAGCGACUGGGAGAAAAACGAUGACGAACAUGAUGCUUGCGACAUCAUCAUUGAAGAUGACUCCGGCAGCAGCGAAGUCCCAUUUUACACCAGAAACGGCAGCGUAAACCGAGCAGAUGAUUUGCUAUCAUUGUCAUCGGAUGAAGAAAUGGACGAUGGAUCGCUUCUGCCGUCUCAGUAUUACGAUGGCUAUUUGCUCAACCUUCGCUGCAACAGUAAUGGUUCAUAUUAUAUUGAUGCUCCAAUGGAAAUGAUGCUUCAAUCUAUCAUGCCAAAUCUUUCCAUAGCCGGCAGAAUCUCUUUCAAUCAGAAUAAUGAUUAUGACGAAGCGUUACGCCGAGCUUAUUUACUGUAUCAGGCCAAUGACAAGAAGAAACGUAUGAUGAGUAUGCGCGACUUACGAGAUUUCGUAUGGAUGAACACAGAGUAUGGUGCAUACUGUCUUAAACCAUGA